CGCUAAUUGGUCUCUGCAGGCGGCUGGCGGGAGCCCCGAGUCAUCCGCUUAGAGCCCCGCGCCCCUCCCGCGCCGCCGCCGUCAUCUCCGCACCCCUCGCGGUGCCGGGGGCCCGGCCGCCACUGCCGGCGGAGACAUGGGGCGCGGCCCGCGGGGGACCCUGGCGCUGGCGCUGCUGCACCUCUGCCUGGCCCAGGCCAACUUCGCGCCCCACUUCUUGGACAACGGGGUCGGCAGCACCAACGGAAACAUGGCUCUGUUCAGCCUCCCGGAGGACACCCCUGUAGGCUCUCAUGUGUACACCUUGAACGGGACAGACCCUGAGGGCGACCCCCUCACCUACCACAUCACCUUUGACCCCAGCUCUAGAAGUGUCUUUUCGGUGGACCCCAAUUUGGGAAACGUCACUCUGGUGGAAGAGCUGGAUCGAGAGAGGGAGGAUGAAAUUGAAGCCAUCAUCAGCAUUUCCGAUGGCCUGAACCUGGUAGCAGAAAAAGUCGUCGUCCUGGUCACUGAUGCCAAUGACGAGGCGCCCAGGUUCAUCCAGGAGCCUUAUGUGGCUCAGGUUCCUGAGGACACACCUGCUGGGAGCAGUAUCCUUACAGUGCAAGCAGUGGACAAGGACACAGGUUCUGGAGGGAGUGUCAACUACUUCCUACAGAACCCACACUCCACCAAAUUCACCCUGGACCGCCACAGCGGGGUGCUGCGCCUCCAGCCCCGGAGCACCCUGGACUACGAGAAGGCCCGGGCCCACUUCGUCACUGUGGUUGCCAAGGAUGGCGGAGGGAGGCUGCGAGGGGCUGAUGUGGUGUUCUCCGCCACCACCACCAUCACAAUCAAUGUGGAGGACGUGCAGGACAUGGCCCCUGUCUUCGUGGGCACCCCUUACUAUGGCUAUGUGUAUGAGGACACUCUUCCAGGCUCAGAAGUACUGACGGUGCUUGCUAUUGAUGGAGAUCGGGGCAAACCCAACCGCGUUGCCUACAGCCUCGUGAAUGGGAGUGAAGGAGCCUUUGAAAUUAAUAAGACAUCUGGAGCCAUCUCCGUCACGCAGAGUCCCGCCCAGCUCCCAAAGGAGGUGUAUGAACUGUUUGUGCAGGUAACUGAGGUCAGCGCUGCAGGGAUCCCAGCUGCCCAGGCCAUGGCCCCUGUCACCAUCAGGAUCGUGGACCUGAACAACCAUCCACCUACAUUCUAUGGCGAGAAUGGACCCCAGAACAGAUUUGAGCUGUCCAUGUACGAGCACCCACCCCAGGGAGAGAUCCUGCGGGGGCUCAAGAUCACUGUCAAUGACUCAGAUCAGGGAGCUAAUGCCAAAUUCAACUUACGGCUGGUGGGCCCUGGGGGCAUCUUCCGAGUGGUCCCGCAGACAGUCCUAAAUGAAGCCCAAGUCACAAUCAUCGUGGAGAACUCAGCUGCCAUUGACUUUGAAAAGUCUAAGGUGUUAACCUUCAAGCUCCUAGCCAUUGAAGUGAAUACCCCAGAAAAGUUCAGCUCCACAGCAGAUGUCUUGAUCCAGCUCCUGGACACCAAUGAUAAUGUCCCCAAGUUCACUUCCCAGUACUACAUUGCCAGGAUCCCUGAGAACACCCCGGGGGGCUCCAAUGUGAUGGCUGUCACAGCUGUGGAUCCGGACACAGGUCCUUGGGGCGAAGUCAGAUACUCUAUCUAUGGAUCCGGGGCAGAUCUCUUCCUAAUCCAGCCAACCACUGGGAUCAUUUAUACUCAGCCCUGGGCCAAUCUGGAUGCUGAGGUCACGGCCAGGUACAAUUUCUAUGUGAAGGCAGAGGAUAUGGAGGGCAAAUCCAGCCUGGCCGAGGUGUUUGUCACUCUGCUGGAUGUCAAUGACCACUACCCUCAGUUUGGAAAGAGCAUCCAAGAGAAGACAAUGGUGCUGGGAACCCCAGUGAAAAUUGAGGCCACAGACCAGGACGCUGAGGAACCCAACAACUUAGUGGAUUAUUCUAUCACACAUGCAGAGCCGGCCAAUGUAUUUGACAUUGAUGCCCGCACAGGGGAGAUUCGGCUCAAGAACUCUAUCCGCUCCCUGGACGCCCUGCACAACAUCACUCCCCACGGGGACCGUACAUGGUCCCUGGAAGUGCAGGCCAAGGACCGUGGCUCCCCAUCCUUCAGCACCACGGCCUUACUCAAGAUUGACAUCAUAGACACGGAGACACUGUCUCCGGACCCCAUGGCUGCCUUCCUGAUGCAGACCAAAGACAACCCCAUGAAGGCCGUGGGCGUAUUGGCAGGCGUCAUGGCCACCAUCGUGGCCAUAACCGUCCUCAUCUCCACCGCCACCUUCUGGCGCAACAAGAAGUCCAACAAGGUCCAGCCGGUGAGGCGAGUGCUCCGCAAGCGGCCCCGGCCUGCUCCCCGCACGGUCCGCAUCGAGUGGCUCAAGUUCCGAAGGACCAAGGCGGCGGCCAAGUUUGUGCUCAAAGAGGAUCCUCCCAAUGAGAACUGCAACAACAACAGCCUUGGAAGCGUGCUGCCCCCCAGAGCCCCUCCACUCCCGCCACCGCCCAGCGCGGCGCCCAACCUAGGCCUGCCCCCCUGGACGGUGCCUACGGUCUCUGGCUCCCUCACUCCUCAGCAGCCCCUGCAUUCACCCAGGCCCACAUCCUUUGGAAGCCCUGUGCAUUCAGCUCUGGUGUCUGAGCUCAGGCAAAAGUUUGAGCAGAGAUCAGACAACAAGGCCUACUUCUAGAGUG